AUGUUGCCAGAGUUCGAAGAGAGCAAGACUGACGAAGUUAUCCAGUGGUCCUACACCAGUCCACCACCAGUCCACCACCAGUCCUACACCAGUCCUACACCAGUCCACCACCGGUCCACCACCGGUCCACCACCGGUCCACCACCGGUCCACCACCAGUCCACCACCAGUCCACCACCAGUCCUACACCGGUCCUACACCGGUCCACCACCGGUCCACCACCGGUCCACCACCGGUCCUACACCAGUCCACCACCAGUCCACCACCGGUCCACCACCGGUCCUACACCGGUCCUACACCGGUCCUACACCGGUCCACCACCGGUCCACCACCGGUCCACCACCGGUCCACCACCGGUCCUACACCGGUCCACCACCAGUCCACCACCGGUCCACCACCGGUCCUACACCGGUCCUACACCGGUCCACCACCGGUCCACCACCGGUCCACCACCGGUCCUACACCAGUCCACCACCGGUCCACCACCGGUCCACCACCGGUCCACCACCGGUCCACCACCGGUCCUACACCGGUCCUACACCGGUCCACCACCGGUCCACCACCAGUCCACCACCAGUCCUACACCAGUCCUAGACCGGUCCACCACCAGUCCACCACCAGUCCACCACCAGUCCUACACCGGUCCUACACCGGUCCACCACCGGUCCACCACCAGUCCACACCAGUCCACCACCAGUCCUACACCAGUCCACCACCAGUCCACCACCAGUCCUACACCAGUCCUAGACCGGUCCACCACCAGUCCACCACCAGUCCACCACCAGUCCUACACCAGUCCACCACCAGUCCACCACCAGUCCACACCAGUCCUACACCAGUCCACCACCAGUCCUACACCAGUCCUAGACCGGUCCACCACCAGUCCACCACCAGUCCACCACCAGUCCACCACCAGUCCUACACCAGUCCUAGACCGGUCCACCACCAGUCCACCACCAGUCCACCACCAGUCCACCACCAGUCCUACACCAGUCCUACACCAGUCCACCACCAGUCCACCACCAGUACACCACCAGUCCACCACCAGUCCACCACCAGUCCACCACCAGUCCUACACCAGUCCACCACCAACUGA